AUGGACUCCCUCCUCGACAGGUUCCGCAGAGAGCAGGGAGGCCUCCGCCGGUCCCGCUCCGUGCGCGCCUCCCUGCGACUGAUCGGCCACCGCUGGCGCUCCAAGGACGAGGAGAGCGAUCUUCGCGGCGACCGACUCGUCGCCGCGCAAAUUUUCGCCGAUAAGGAUUGCAGUGUAGCGUACGCGGGCGUCGAAGGCACGUACCGCCCCAAGUCGCCGGUCAUGACCAAGCGAAAAAUUGAGCCGCUCAAGAUGAGGAAGAAGAGCGGCGACGUCGAAUUGGCGCUGAAGCCGCAGAGGCCCAAGAGAGUCGAAAAGAAAUUCAGCGAUCUGUUCUAUAAGAGACAAAAGAGCGCUUCGGCGAAGGAGUUAGUGGUGCCAGACAAAAUUCCACCGAAAGCGGCGGCACUACUUCACAUACAUUCGCCGAAUAAGGAAAAGAAGAAUGGAGCCGAAGCGGCCUCGUUCCCCGAAGGCAGGAGGCGACAGCGGCGCGGCUCGGAGAGUGACAUGUGCGUUCACCACCGCGGCUGCGUCAACCAGGCUUUCGUCUACAGCACUCCUCCUAAGGAUAGAAAAUUGCCCUUGUCGCCUUCGGCUUACCUGAAGCUGCAGUACGGUGCGCUAGUAGAAGGGUGUGCGGGGGAGCUCCCUUCUCUGAGCGCAUGCGCUCCCCCGGUCCCGCCUCUCGAUAAACGCCGGCACAAGGAAUCGCGCGCGCAAGACAAACUAACACAGAUUAAUAUACACCAACAGGCUCUGUUUGCGGCCGUCGAACAUGGUUACCUCGAUAAGGCCCGGAAUAUCUUGGACUCCACAGAUGUCGACGUCAAUAGUAUUAACGCGGACGGCCUGUCGCCCCUCGACGUCGCGGUGCUCACGGGCAACCGAACGCUUGCCAAUAUGCUCAUGGAGUUCGGUGCCAAAGAAGGAGGACAAUUCAAGACCGGCGAGGCAUUGUGCUCCCACCUGCGUGUGCUGUGCCGCGAGGCGGAAGUCCAAGUUCGAGAAGCGGGCGGAGCUUGUCCACCUGACAGACUACCGCCGCACGACGCCACCAGAUCGACGGCGAGCGGGCAGGCCGCCACGACGGGGUGCGCGGGCUCCAAUGCUUCAGAGAAGGACAAACAGCUUCAGUAUUGGGACAGGAGAUACAGGACACUCAAGCGGUUGCUGUCAGGGUGGAGUUCCCUUCGCAGUGCGGGAUCGCCGGUGUCGGCCGAGCUCGAAGUGUGCAGCGUGCACGCGGUCAGCGUGCGCAUUCCGGCCGCGCGUCAGAAUGCGCUCGCGCGGGACAAACUCAUUCUCACUAAGUACAAGGUGGAAUGGUCGUCGCGAGGUGAUUUCUCCAACGUGUGCGGUACUCGUGAAGUGAACGCGUGCACUUUGAAGAGUCCCGGAGGAGGCCGGAUCCUGAUAGCGGGGCUCACGCGAGGCCGACGGUACUUCUUCCGUGUGUCCGGCGGGAACUUGAAAGGUUGGGGGGAGGCCACUGUUUCGCUGCCCAGGAGCGUCGUGCCUAGCAGUUGGCGAGAUGUGUCGCACCGUGCUUCUCGAGGAGAAGCUGGCAAGGCGGCCGAACAGCUGGACGCCCUCGCAGUGGCCUGCGCGGGGGCGCGACGAGGCGGCGCAGGGGCCGGGGCCGCUCUGGCCGGAGGGGCGACGGGGCCGGGGGGAGCGGGUGGGGGCCGCGCGCGCAAGAAGACUAUCCGACAGCUAUUCACCGCCACUAAAUUUCACAAGAACUUACGGCGAGGCGUGUACCUGGCCUGCGUGGUGUAUCAUGACGAGCGCGUGCUGGUGACGGGCGAAGAGUUCCUGCCCGUGGUCGAGGUGGACGAGACGUAUCCCGCCUGCAUCUACGGCGACUUUCACUGGCUGAUGAAAGUGUCUUGCGGGUGGGAGAAUAUAAAAGGCCUGCGAACCGAAAUGGAGCGACACACCUCUUCAUCUGUACACUUCCGACUCAAACUUCUCGCGGCUGUCGCUCAAAUGCAGGCAGCGCUCUGCUUGCAGGACCUGGGUCAGGUAUACCACGCGCCACUGCGGGACACGGCCGGAACGGUGGUGAUCUCGUUGGUUUCGGCAGCGAAGUCGAGUAAGCUGUCCGCCCUUAACUCCCGUUGGACCGGUCUCCACAAACUACGCCGCCGCGGCCUCGGCGACGAUAACACCAUCGCCGAUCUGCUUCUCGCUUCCGUUCACGACCAAAUUCAAUACCACCAGGUGUCCCGCACACCGUUGCCGCGCGGCCUUUACGUGGGCUACCUCAAGCUGCAGUCUUCGGUGGAGGUGGUGCGGGUGGUAGUGCCGGCGGCCACGCCCAACGUGCCACCUCACGCUCGCAUCCGUGACAAUCCGCACGUUUCCGCAGAAGAAUGGCAAUAUCUUAAAUCCCAAUCUGGAAAAACCGAGGAGAACCAAUCCAACUGCGACGAGUCCGCGAGCACCGAAAGUCCCUCCGAAUCUCAGGAGAUGUUCCUCCGCCAGCUAUCUGCGGCCGCGCGUAAAUUGUUCGCCGACAUGGACAUAGACAUCGAAGACGUGCGAGCUCAUCGGCUCUACGACUCGGAGGUCAUCGAGCUGAGCGACGAAGUCAGCGUCAUCAUGCUCUGCCCGCCCGCCGACCGCGCCUGUUCCGUGCCCGGGCAGCGCGAAAUUCUUCUUCAGCGAGGGGACCUCCUUAGCCUGCCGGUGCAAGCCUUCGAGAUGAUCCAUCUGCAAACGUACCAUUCCGGCGUCCUGAAUAAAUACUCGAAACUCAGCUGUCUGUUAGAGCUGGACGUCGCUCUCGCGGCCCAUUCGCACAGGGAAGCCUUCUCCUGCACCGAACUGCAGACCGCCAAAGAAAGGUUGUCGAAGUUAGAAGAUUUGCAGAAUAACCUAAAUCUUGUGUGGAAGUCGGAGAGGUGGCUCAUGGAUCUCAUCGGAUUCGCCAGAGACAAGGACAAAUCGGGGCCCAGCAGCGGCGUUCUACUCUCGCACGUUCUGAAUAAAACUCCGGCGGACCGUUCGGACGAAUCUCGCGAAAGGGAUGUAAAUCUCAAGAUAGAUUUAUUGCAGAUUCCUCCGCGCGACGGAAAAAUCACUAAAACCUCUCCCGGCCGAGGGUCGUGGCCGGGGCCGUCCGGGAACGGACACGCCCACCUGCAUCCGGAACUGAGCAAGUCCGAACAACAGCUUAGUACGUCACCUCGACAAUCGUCCGCUUCCACGCUCGACCUCAGUUCGCAGUACUCAAGUGCAGAACGUAAAUUCGUGAGGAAAGGAAGCGGCGACUCGCAGUUCACCCGAUCCAGUGCGAUGAGCAACUGCACCGGUUCGCAAUACGAUAUCCAGUCGUCGGCGUCGAGCAUCAAUAGCCGCUUGCCGCCCUCACGCAGUGAAGACGCGCUCGUACCGAACGAGCCCCCGAACCCGGAGACGAGACCGCGCCCACGCAGCAUCAACGCCAGUCUGUCCACCACUUCUAGUCCCCUACUCACGGUCAGGAACCUGUACACGAGUAGUAUGAUAAGCGUGCGGACAGGAAACGAGUCCGUCCAGAGCCUGUCCAGCGAUUCGGAGUGCCAGAGCUGUCCGAAACUCCGAGUCUCGCCCUCCAAGAGCGCGAGCAGUGUGAAGUCGGACACCGAUUUCACGGACACAGAACAAGAAGUGAAAACUGUUAUUCGACAACCGAUCUCGCAGGAGACCCGAGAGGAGAAAAAAGAGGGCGCGGAGUCUACUUCGGAACGGCGCGGAUCCGACCAGCCUGGGAUAUUACAGGUGUUCGCGGCGUACGAAACGGGCCUAGCCGCGGGCACGUCGCUCAAGCUGCAAGUGACGGCUCGCACCACGGCCCGCGAAGUCAUCGACCUGGUCGUGAGGCAACUCAACAUGGCCGCGCUGCUUAAGGGCCGUCGCGGUCCCCUCUACCCGCCCCACCGGCUGCCCGACUUCUGUCUUGUGGCCGUUAUCGGCGCAAGGGAGCGGUGUCUUCGCGACGACUUCCGCCCGCUGCAGCUGCAGAACCCGUGGCGCAAGGGCCGUCUCUACGUGCGACUCAAACACGAUGUCCUUGCGGCCAUACAACACAGCACGAAGCGACCUGCCUACAUCUAA